ACGUGCGUCCUCUUGGACGGAGCAGCGGCCCGGGACGGGUAGCUCGGCCACGAGGAGGGGGCGACUAGUAAGAAGUAGGCGAGCGACCGGCACGCCGCCCUGUCCCUCACUCCAUCCCUCCUCGCAGUAGUCUCCCACUACUCAUCUCGGCGCCGAGGCGAGGAGCGCGCGUGGAAUCUCGUGACGAUGCGGAUCACGAGGCGGCUCUUCCUGGCCGCCGCGGCGGCGGCGCUGCUGCUGCUCGUCGCGGGGCCGGCGGCGGCGCAGGACGCGGCGGUGGAGGGCGUGGCGCCGGCGGCGGAGGAGAUCGCCGCGAACGCGAGGGCCAAGGAGGCGGCGGUGCUCACCGCCGAGCUGGGCAAGCUCCGAGCGAAGAUCUCCGCGUUAGAGUCGCGCAUUGCAGACCAGACUCUGGAGUUGAAGACCAAGGAUGAUGCAAUUGAAACGCUGGAUAUGAUUAUCAAGGAGAAGUCACAGGAGAUAACUGCUAUGCAGAAUGAAGUAACUUCCCUCCAGGCGAAGGGAUCUUUAGCUGCAGAGGAGCAGGCAAGCAAGGCCAAUGCACGGGCUGUUGAGCUUGAGAAGCAGAUCGAGAAACUCAAGAAGGAUAUUACAGCACAAAAAGGCAAAAAGGCAGCUCUCGAGGCUAGGGUUGGCGAUGCAGAUAAGAAGGUGCAAGAGCUGAAUACGAAGCUGGAGAAACUCCAGAGGACGAGCGAUGAUCAAAAGCGCAGGAUUCAGAAGACUGAACAUGCUCUUAAAGUUGCCGAGGAGGAGCUGAUGAAGGUGCAGUUGGAAACAACAACAAAAGCAAAACAGCUAAAAGAGGUUCAUGGAGCCUGGUUGCCACCUUGGCUGGCAACACAUGCAGCCCACUCUAUGGAGGUGAUGUCAAAUCACUGGAACGAACACGGGAAACCUGCUGUCAAUAGCUUAUUGCAGAAGGCAUCAGAAAAAUCAGCCCAGGCAAAGAAAUGGGCUGAGCCCCAUCUGGAAACUGCUAAGACGAAAUGGAUGCCUGUUGCUAAAGAAAAAAUGGUUAACUUGAAGAAAAAUAUGGAGCCUUAUGUCCAAAUGGUCUCAGAGAAAUCAGUGGAGGUUUAUCAAACAUCAAGUGAUUUUAUCAGGCCUCAUCUUGUAAAUGCACAUAAAGUUGCUGAUCCCUACUUCCAGGAAGCCAAGAAAUUAUCAAAACCCUAUAUUGAUCAAAUUGCUACAGCUACUAAACCACAUGUCGAGAAAAUUGGAACUACUAUGAAGCCUUAUACUAAAAGAGCACGUCAUGUAUAUGGACAAUUUCGUGAGACAGCUGCUACAUAUCAUCACCAGGCUCAGGAAAGUAUCUCGGAUUACCUUCACCAACAUGAAUUUACAAAACAAUUUGCAACAGAAGAGCUGGUGUGGUAUCUGGCUGCUGCUUUGCUGGUUAUGCCCCUUUUUGUUUUGUACACACUCGUAACUGAAACAUUCUGUACCAAGAAGCUGAAGAAAACCCCACGGAGCAGUAAUGCCAACCAUGGUCAUCGGAGACAUAAGCGCCGGCAUGCUGACAAAUAGACAAUAGAUUGUGAAGUUUGACCAUGUUACCUUUCACUGAUGAGUUCGUUGUCAGGCAUACACAUAACACACUACAUGGUGAUCUGGGGCCAUCGCUGAACCUUGAUGUGUAUGUAAGAGUUACAAUACACACAAGCACUGUGUUUCUGCCCAAUUGCGUGGGCAGAGUUGUAGUUGCCGUUUGUAUUUCAUCAGAGUAGGGACUGCGAGCUUAAAUCUAUGGGUGUUCAUUUCAUUGCAUUGGUUAUUUGUUUUAGCCAUGUGGCAUGUGUUUGAGCUUGUGCAAGUCCGCCAAGUCGUGAUUUGUUAUGCCGCACAUUUGUUGAUAGUUUGUAGUAGCUUCCACUGCCAGUGAACGCAUGUUUUCGACAUCUAAACUUAAGGUACUCCGUGAACCUUCAUAAUUCAGACCAGUUUUCCGUA